UAUAAUUUCACAUCUGAUGAUCUUACUGAUCAUGGUGAAAUAGGCAGGGGGGCUUAUGGCACUGUUAACAAAAUGUUCCAUGAAGUCAGCAACACUGUCAUGGCUGUCAAAAGAAUCAGAUCAACAGUUGAUGAAAAGGAACAAAGCCAGCUGUUGAUGGACCUUCAGGUGGUCAUGAAAAGUAAUGAUUGCCGUUUCAUCGUUAAAUUUUUUGGAGCAUUGUUCAAGGAGGGUGAUUGCUGGAUAUGCAUGGAGUUGAUGUCCAUAUCACUGGACAAAUUUUAUAAGUGCAUACAUGUCAUCAUGAAGCAACAUAUUCCUGAAGACAUCAUGGGGAAAAUUACUGUGGCUACACUAAGGGCAUUAAAUUAUUUGAAGGAAAACUUGAAGAUAAUUCACAGAGAUGUUAAACCAUCCAACAUAUUACUAGACAAAUCAGGAAAUAUAAAGUUGUGUGAUUUUGGAAUAAGUGGUCAGUUGGUUGAUUCAAUAGCAAAGACAAGAGAUGCUGGUUGUCGACCUUAUAUGGCACCCGAAAGAAUUGAUCCAAAGAAUUUUGGCAGGGGAUACGACGUUAGAUCCGAUGUUUGGAGCUUGGGUAUUACAUUGAUUGAGGCUGCGACCGGUAAAUUUCCUUAUCCGAAGUGGAACAGCGUGUUCGACCAAUUGACCCAAGUAAUCGAAGGAGACCCACCCAGGCUUACCCAAGCAGAUGGAGACUUUUCAAAGGAAUUUAUUGAUUUUGUAAACACAUGCUUGAUAAAAGAUGUAGAGUCAAGACCAAAGUAUAAUUCUCUAUUGGUUCAUGGAUUUGUGCAGCGUUACAAAGAUGCGAAUGUCGAUGUGACAGGCUACGUAACUAACAUAUUAGACAACGUGACGCCAGAGGAACUGGAGGCAUUCAAUUCUAUUUAA